GCGCGUUCAUUGGUGACUCGAAUAACUGUGCUUGUCUUGUAAACACAGCGAUGUAAACAUUUUCUAUAACACUGUAAAUGACCAUCUGAAAUACUGACAAUGUCAUUAUCUACGUUAACGGUAUUUUUCAAGAUUAACUAGAUUAAAUCGAUUUGAUAGUGAUUUUUCUUAAACUACAUAAUGGAGCUGAACGGCUUCCACUGCGAGGGCGAGGGAUGUGCGGAGGAGCAGGAGGAAGAGUCGACGGCGCUCAAGCUGCCUCGGUCAAAGACGGAAGCCUCCUGUAGCAUGAUCGCUACAGCGGCUCCAGACGGUGAAGCGGCUGGGGGAAGUGCGCUCGGAGAGCGGCUGGUAUCAAAAUCGACGCCGGUGAUGUUGAGGCUCGACUCGCUGAAAAAGAACAGGCCGCCUUUCCCAUGGUUUGGCAUGGACAUUGGGGGCACAUUGGUGAAGCUGGUCUACUUUGAGCCCAAAGACAUUACAGCAGAAGAAGAGCAGGAGGAGGUGGAGAGUCUGAAGAGCAUCCGUCGUUUCCUCACCUCACACACCGCCUAUGGCAAAACAGGUAUUCGGGAUGUUCACCUGGAGCUCUCGGACCUCACCCUUUGGGGCCGCAAGGGCAGCCUGCACUUUAUCCGAUUUCCAACGCAUGAGCUUCCUGCCUUCCUGCAGAUGGGCAGAGACAAGCACUUCUCCAGUCUGCACACUGCUCUUUGUGCCACAGGAGGUGGUGCAUUUAAAUAUGAGGAGGACUUCCGCACGAUGGCCAAUUUGAAGCUGUUCAAGCUGGAUGAGCUGGAGUGCCUGAUAAAGGGAGUUCUGUACAUUGACUCAGUUGUCUCAAGUGAUCUAUCAGAAUGUUACUAUUUCGAGCACCCAACAGACCCUGAGCAUUGUGAACAGAAAGCAUAUAAUCUGGAGAACCCGUAUCCUCUGCUGCUUGUCAACAUUGGCUCUGGUGUUAGCAUAUUGGCUGUAUACUCCAAAGACAACUACAAACGUGUUACUGGAACCAGUCUAGGUGGUGGUACAUUUCUUGGGCUGUCUUGCCUGUUGACGGGAUGCUCCACCUUUGAGGAAGCACUGGCAAUGGCCACUGAAGGGGAAAGCACACGUGUAGAUAAACUUGUCAGGGAAAUCUAUGGUGGCAACUAUGAGCGAUUCGGCCUGCCCGGAUGGGCUGUUGCCUCCAGCUUUGGGAACAUGAUGUGUAAGGAGAAGAGAGACUCUGUCUCAAAGGAGGAUCUGGCCAGAGCAACACUCGUCACCAUCACAAACAACAUCGGCUCCAUCACACGCAUGUGUGCGCUUAAUGAGAACAUUGAAAGAGUGGUGUUUGUUGGUAACUUUCUGCGGGUGAACACGUUAUCCAUGAAGUUGCUCGCGUAUGCUUUGGACUACUGGAGCAAAGGACAACUAAAAGCCCUGUUCCUUCGACAUGAGGGUUAUUUCGGAGCAGUUGGUGCACUUUUGGAACUACCAAACCCAUCCUGAGUUACUAGAUUUCACUUUGUAUCUUUUUACAAAACAAAAGCACACAAAUAUUUAUGCAAACAGACCAAAGGUGCCUUCAGAUAUCAGACAAUACUAUGCAGACCAGGCCCUGGAUCUUAUUUAUACCAAAGAAAUACUGCAGUAAUUAUAAUAACAUCUCUUUAUAGUGAGUAAAACAAUGAUAUCCAAAAAUAAGGAUUAAUCAAGUCAAUGCUAUAGAUAUAGGAUUUACUGCAAUGCUAUUUAUUGCAUUUCGAAAAUGACUAAAAUGCAUCAAAGGUGACGAACAUCAAAAUCUGAUAUGAAAAUAAGCUAGUAAAAUCUGAUUUAUAACUCACAUCGACACAUCUUAGGUUAUUAGAUGUGACUUUUAUCACUACUGGUUAGCAUUAAGCAGUGAUUGACGCUUGUGGUUGUAAGUGACAAUAAUAAUUACCCAAGCAUGUGGUAAAUAUCACAGUUUUCAGGGGAAAGUCAUUAUUUACUGGGAUGUCAGUCAAGCACCUUUUCUUUGUCGUUUUGCUCUUUUCUGGUGCAACAUAUACAUUAAUUGGAGAGUGAGUAUAUAAUUGGAUGUGAAUUUGAAUGUAGCAAAACCGAUAUGCUCGAUGCAGUGUGUUCAGAAUGUGUAUGUUCAUGUUAUGUUUUUUGGACAAUUAAUGUUGUGAUGCUUGACAGGAUUUUGACUAAAACAACUUUGAGAGAAAAGGACCAGGUAAAAUGUUGACCUAUUAUCUGGAAGAGGAACAAAAACAUAUGCACUAUCAUAAUUCUCAAAGUCUUCAAAGCUGUUUGGUGUUGUUGUUUUUGUAAUUAGUUUGGUGUCUCUGUUUCUGUAACAAUGCAACAUGCAACACCAAAUCAGUGUGUGCAGUGUAAUCUUCUGUUCAUUGUCUGUUGUGUAUUUAGAGUUUUGUCUAUGUUUGUAAACAUAUUAGUUGUGUUGCUACACCAGCAUAUUAAGUGCCUUCUGUUUGUUUAAAAAAUGGUAAACAGGCAUUGUGUUCAACCAAAUAUUAAUAAAUAAACAACUACUUUGUACAUUUUUAA